CAGUGCUGCAACGUUGCCGACAACAAUUGAAUGCUGUGAAUCCAAAGUAAAAAUAGACAAGCGAGUAACUCGCUUUGUUUUGCCAAUUGGCGCCACGUGUAACAUGGACGGCUCUGCCAUAUAUUAUGCCAUCGUCGUUCUGUUUGUAGAACAGAUAGAACCAAAUGUUCAACUGGGAAUUGGUGACAAAAUUUUGACUAUGUAAGUAAAGAAAAUAUUAGUGACGUAAGGUCAUGAAAGGUCGUCGUUUUUCAAGAUGUUGAGGGAAUUAUUAUUAGGCCUAAUCUGCAGUGCAGUACUUCAUUAAACAGUCCUCAUCCCAUUCCCUGAUGAAGACAUUCAUUUGAAACCAAACGUAGUAGGGUAAUGCACUUAGUUGCUACCAUAUACGCGUUGCCAUCCUUUUAUCAACCUAUUAGUUCAUAGGAAAUGAAAUUUUAUGAGUUCACAGCAAACACGUAUAAUUAUAUAUUAGAUGUGUGAAUGAAUGUAAUCCCAAAUAAUAUUUUCCACAGAAUAACGUCAUCGCCCAACAAUGUGAAUAUACUCCAGUUAUUCAUGCGCCAUAUGACGAAUGGCUUAGCCAUAACUCGUGAGUUAUUUGUACAUUAUCGAAUCCUUUCAGACUUAUCUGUACCGUGGUAUCGAUUGGUGCGGCAGGUAUUCCCAGUCCAGGACUCACUAACUUGGUUAUCGUGUUAGAAGCAGUUGGACUUCCUAUUGAUAAGAUUGGACCAAUAUUUGUUGUGGACUGGUUUUUGUAAGUCAAUACUGCAAUUGCAAAUUAGUAUAAAUAAUCGACGUAUGCCCUUUCAUCAGAAGUUGCAAAAUAAUUUUUCCUUUAUCUGAAAAGAAUAUUUACUUAUUUAUUAACUUUACAACCUUUUAUACAUGAACACAUACUAGAAAUUCAAUUUAAGAAUAUACACAUAUAUAUGAAGGAAAUGAAUAAGAUUGAAGGUAUAGUCAACAGGACAAGAAUCCCAUAUUAAGACCAACCCAAAAGAGAUAACAAUAUAGUUAUAACAUAUUUAGGGACACAAACACACAUUAACAAACUGAUAUAGGCUAUUUGAAUAACUAGUAACAUGAAAAAUGCAUGAAAUUAACUUUUAAGAACAGCAAGUUGGAUUGUAGGAACGACACUUGGAAUAAUAAGUCUUCCAAGUGCGCAUUGGAUUAACAUCAACGGUAGAUUCAAGUUUCGAAAGGUCAUGGUGAGAAUACAGAUUGUUUUUGAAGAAAUUAAUAGAGAUACAGUCGGUGAUAUGAGCGGGAAGACUAUUCCAAAGAAAAAUAAUCUGUUGAAAAACGAGUUUCUAAAAAGAGAAGUUCUGCAAAGAUUAGGAGUCUGAAGAGAUAAUGACAAAAGAAGAGACAUCUAUAGAUCAUGAAGACGUUUCAAAAACUGUACGAAAUUGGAAGUAAUUUGAGUGUUUUUAUUGUUGAUAUGAUAAGGAUGAUUUGAAAGAACGCGUUUGCGAGAUAUUUUGAGUAAGACAAAUUUAGAAACAUUAAUUAAAUCUGUGUUGCCAAGACAGCGACCAUUUACUGUCGAUCAUCAGCAAACAACGCAACAGUACUGUUUUUUUAUUGUAUCUGGAAGAUCAUUAACAUAUAGGACGAAACGAAUAGGACCAAUUACACUACCCUGUGGUACACCAGAUGUAACAUCAAGAUAAGAAGGGGAAACUCCUUCAACAACUACGCGCUGAUAUACCAUAAGAGUGAUAAGACUGAUGCUUACCAACGAGUUUGUUGUGAGGAACAGAGUCAGAGGCUUUAGCAAAAUCUAAAUAAAUAAGGUCAAUUUCUCUAACCAGUGUCAAGAGCAGAACCGACAUCAUGACGGAACCUGUAAAAGUUGAGUAACACACGAUCGAUUUGAACGAAACCCAUGCUGAAGACUGUAUUAGGAAUUUUUAACAAAAGAAACAGCUUGAGUAUCUUUACUCAAGUUGUUUCUUUUGUUUCUUCACAUGCUCGAGAACCUUAGAAACUAGAGAAAGUAAUGAAAUAAUGACUUCAUGAGAAUCUCCUUUCUUAGGAACAGAUGCAACGUUUGCAAGUUAACACAUUCAGAAGGAACUAUUCCACUUUCUAUAGAUAUCUCAAAUAAAGCAGCGAGAGAUGGGGCAAGUUAGAAAGUUAAAAAGUUAAUAAGACAAACUUGAAUGUAAUCAGAUUUAUAUAUAUAUUUACUAGAUCUUCCAAUGAAAGAUUGCUUGUGUCUCUCGGUUUUAGAUAGAACUGUAUAAGAAUUUUUCUGUCAAAGUUCAUAUGAGUAUUCUCUAGGAUCAGGUAAUUCACGCCUGCUUCUUAAAGUUGACAAGCAGUCUCUGUCCAAAUCAAGAAUUCUCAGACUUCUUGUCUGUGCACUUCAAUUUCUUGUUGUAGAUAAUCUGGAAGCCCUGUCCAUACGGGCGAUGCAUAUACUCUAAUACUGGUCGAAUUUUAGAUAUACUGUAUAAGUUGUCAAUCCGAUGUCGGUUGGUAGUUGGGAUUUCUCACACUGUCUAAGAUGGUAUAAUCUCUUGUUUGGCUUACAUGUAAUUUGAUCUACAUGUUCAUUCCAUUUAAGAUCAUUUUCGCAUGAUGGCUUUGGCUUUAAAAGAUCAGCGGGAAUGCCAUCCGAACCAUGCAGUUGCCUUAGACUCAAUCAAAUUACUGAGGAAGUGCAAGAAUCCAAAGCUGGAAAAGAAAUAUCACUACAACUAUUAAAUACUGAUGCGAAAUAUCUAUUAGAGGCAUCAGCCUUUUGAUGUCGAUGGUUUCUGAUCUUUAUACUUCAUUACAUCAGGUAGUGAUGGCUUUGAGGAUUUUGAUUUAAAGAAUCUCCAAAAAGAUUUACGUUAAAAGCUCACUCAUACUCACACUCCAGUUAAACUCGAGUGAGAUGCCCUCAACUGAGAGUGAAGUAUGGGUAUGAGUAUGAGUGGAGUUUGAGUUUAACUGUUUACGUUGAGAGGGCGCACUCAUUUGUUAAGCAAACUGGUCAGUUUGCAUUCAAAGAGCUUACUCAAGUGUGACUGACUGGGGUUUAGUUCAGUAAACAAUCAUGAAUGCAUGUUAAAUAGAGUGUGAUCUGUCUCGGCUGUGAAGUUCCAAAGACAACGUGCAAGAUGUCAUAAAGCAGGCAGUACUUUUUGCAAACAGCAAAUAGCCUGCGAGUCAAGCUCUGGUUAGGGGAAGGAAGAGCCUGCAGUCGCUUCUAAUAAAUUUUCGUGUAUAGCGUUCGCCCGCGAACGCUAGCUUUUCAUUGGCUAUUGCUCUAAUGACACGUCAAUCAACAGUAAUAUUAAUAUUCAAAACGGUCAGCAACGACGGCGGUCAUCAGCAACGAUGAGGCGCUCGAGGAGUGUUUAGAGCGUGUAUUAAAAUAACUAAACUAUGUUUUAGAAGUAUAGGGAUUGUAACCAUGUCCUGAUAACUCACUCCACUGUAAAAUAGUAUGGUAGAUAUCCUAUACGCGAGUGCAGGCAUUCUAGGAUUUCUGCACCGAAUAAGUGUUGAUGUUGCUAAAGCAAUAGCGUUGAUUCCUCGCUCAUUUUCAUCAUCUUUCAAAUUUUCCAAGUUGCAAGCGCUCCCUCAAUACAGUGUUUAGUAUUGGGCGAUAAACCUUAAUCUCCCUAUAUACAAUGGUGUUUGAGAAUACAGAGAGUUGAUCAGGUUUGAUACAUUACAACUGUCCGACUUUAUAUAGAAGGCUUUGCAUUCCCGGUUAACUUCUCGCUGUAAAGCAUUGAUUAGUUCCCUCGAGAGAAACACAUGGCGAAAAAAUGCAUUUGCUAUAUACUGGCUGCCACCGAGAUAAACAAAUGUCUAACUAUAACAGUCGUAUUUUUGUCAAAAUUGAUUUUAACAACAACUCUAAUGUUUGCCAUCCCUCUAUAUAUUUGUUGAAAUCGACAUAUAUCACAAGACACGUGCGUGAAUUCUACUCUGAUAUGAUUGGUCAGUCGAGUUUGAAUUUAUUAUAAGGGGCGGCACGAAUAUUUAUUGGAAGCGAUUGCAAGCUCUCCCUGACCAGAGCCUAGCUGCCUCGCAGGUUAGUAGCAAAGCACAAGGAUGUCCUGGAGAGUAAAAGAAAUGAUUUCAGGACAAUAGCGGGGUUACGAUGCACCAAAUCUACGACGCGGACGUGACAUAAAAACCGUUGCUAAUGUGUGGAAUCAGUGUUAUUUUGCUUCACUUGUGUCUCUGACUUUAUUUACCAACUGGAAGCCAUAAUCCGUGUAGUGAAACUGUGGGAAUAGUUACAGUUUUUGUAUCUGCGAAUGCAGAUAUGUUGUUAUCGUGCGCGUACCGGAAGUUUGUAAGCGUGCUUCUAGCCAAUCAACGACAGCGUAUAGUUGAAAUGACGUAAUGAUAAUAAUUUCAAAAUGGUGGUUUACUGAAGGGUGAAACAAAGGGAAAUUUGUGAAUUUACAGUUAAAAUUAAACAUCAAACGCAGUCAAAAUAACGUCAUUUUACUAGUCUGAAUAUGGCAAUGGUCGAGAGUGUAUUUUUGGCAAACAUUUGAAGGGUUUCAUCAUUUAAUACGCAGUGCAAACGAAAUGAUUCGCAAUUUUUAUAGACAAACAAAUUAUUGACUAUUGGCAUUGAGAUACUCUUAUGAAACUAUGAAAGUAAUGACUCUUCCACAUGUUACCAUUGACAUUGUAAGUGUAUAUCGAGUGUAAGUGUUGAUGUUUAUGUACUUCUCAAUUGAACGUUUUUAUUGGUGACUUUAAUUGAUAUAAAUUAGUUGAAUGAAACCAAUAGAAGUCCUUUAUAUAAUUUCUUUGUCAACGAUCAUAACUAUAGACAAUUGGUGUCUGCUUUCAUUACAGACAACCAGACUUUGAUAGAUAUUUUUAUAUAAUUUAGCAGAGUCAGAAGCUAAGUCACACAUAUUGGAAACAUUUCGAUGGGGGGAGUGAAUAGGCUUUCGGAUCGUCGGAUUUCACAGAAAAAAAUGUUCGGAUUUCGGAUCUGGCGAAUAUUUUACACGGAUUUGCGGAUUUAUCUAAUAUUUUGGCUCGGAUUGUGGAUUUAGCUUGCAAUUUAGUUCGGAUACUGGAUUGUGACUUCAUAGUAGAGCUUUUAACGGAUUCAAAUUUAGAAAAGACCAUUGUCGGAUCGGCGGAUUUGUAUACCCCUACUCACCCCCCCCUGAUCAUAAAGCAGUAUCUGCAUUGAUUAAUUGCUUUCAUUAAAGCAAAGCCAAAGUAAUAGUGGCUGCAUAAAGAGCAGAGAUUCAGCUUCAGAUUGGAAUAUCAAUACUUAUAGUAACAGUUGCAACCAAUCAUAAUUAUUAACUUGCAGUAUAUUUAACAGUUAUUCUACGAACUCGAGUCGAAUAUGAACUGAUAGCAGAUGAGGCGCGUAGCGCCGAAUUGGCUAUCGCUCAUAUUCGACGAGAGUGAGUAGAAUAACUGUUUUAUUUUAUACACAAGGUCUGAAUUUUCAAUAUUUUUCUAUUUUGUUUAUGUUUUAUCUUCGCUCUUUCAGCCGAUUAUUUUUUAAAAAAUAUAUAUUUUUAACCAUUUCAAAUUUUAAAAAUUCAUUUGCUAACCUGUAAGCAAUUUGUGGGAGUUUUUUCAAGGUGUUUUUAAUCCUGUAAAAGCUAUAAAAAGUGAACAACUUGCCGUUUUCUCGUUCGCAAAACAUCGGAAAUUCAGUUUGAGCCUCCAUUUUGUUUUUCUCUACUAGCAGGAUAUGAGCUAAUAUCCUGCUAGUAGAGAACCAAUCAGAUUGCAGAAUACCUCAUAUCCAGACCUUGUGUAUAUAAUAAAACUAUAUAUCCUGGAGGGGGUGUUCUCUUCUUCAUCCACCCUGAUUUCUGUAACUGAAUGUCAUUGCCAAGAACACCAGAUAAGCAAUUUAUAUCCCCCCUUCCCCUAUCCCAUACUAUAUUAUCUUACAAUCAACAACAACCAUAUGUCAUAAUGCGAUCUUAUUUAUAGCACACAAUGUACAAAACUAAACCUACUAUUCUGUUUAUUGGAUUUUCUUCCACGACAAAAUAUUAUUGCAUGGAUCUGGUAUGCUGAAUUGUACAAUUCUGUUCAAGAACUAUAUGCAUCGAUUAUACUUCUAAUUUCCAUACUUGUUAUCAUUUGUUAUUGAUGAAUGACCUUCAAUAUAUGAUUUUUUAUGUAUUUACUUGGCACAAACAGUUGAUUUGUGCUCCAUUAACCCUGACUAUGCCAUUUUCUAAAAUGAAAUAGAUCAAUUAUAAACAGCAGAAAUGUUGAUGUCAUGUAUCUGCAAGUCCUAAAAACAGCAUUCUAAUAUUAAUUCCACCAAGUGAAGUGCAAGAAACCAUAUCAUUGAAGUCCACCUUAUCACUGAAGUCCACCUUAUCACAACCCGCACACCCGAUUACCUAUAUAUACAUGAACUUACGGUCACAGCUCAACAGCUGGACGUUGUAGCUCAGUUGGUUAUAGAGCGCUGCGCCGGAAUCGCAGGGCCGGAAUCGCAGUCGUUCCUGGUCAGGUCUUAAAGAAAAACAGCAUUCUAAUGUAUAUUGGCAACACCUGUUAUCCUGACAAUAUCUAUAUGCAUUUACAAUGUUCUCGCAUGCCUGCUAAAGUUUAUUGUGAACUGUCAAGAAGAUUUGGAACCCGUCAUGUUUUAACAAGAACAUUAUAAAACUGAAAAUGAUUCAACAAGAACAUCAUAAAACUGAAUAUCAUCUUUGUGAAGUUAUGGCCGGAAUUAGUUUCUGCAAGUUGAAUAUAUAUCAGCCAUUUUAUUUUUUUUUCAUCUGACAUACUAUAACUCUAACCUCGUUUAACUGUGUAUAAUGUCUAUAAUAUAUAUUUGUGAUGUUUAUAGAAAAUAUGUUCAUUUAAACAUCAGUCUCUUAAUAUUUUUACAAGCUACUGAGUAUUGAUUGAAGCCCUUGGUAACAGUACAUGACCAUGACCUAAACUUUUGAUAUUACACGAACUUUAAUGUACAGUAUAUAUGAACGCAGUGUACUAAACUUUAUAGUGUUAACGUGGCUCCUCAAAUAGAAACUGCUAACCUGAAGUAGACACUGCUAACCUGUAAAGACAUGCUAACUCGACGUUACUGUAAAAGCAAGCUAGAACUCGCCACAGAAGUGAGAGAUUUGUAAUUUUAUAGUAUUUAAUGUCUAUAAUAUGUAAUUUGUAAUGUAAUGUAUUUUCCUUUAAUUUAUGUUUAGAUCGAAUAAAAACUAACCAUCUAGUCCGGAUCUGAGACAACUAAAGCAAUCUAGUCCGGAUCUGACACAACACUUAGUGUUCGUAAGUUUCAAUGAAGGAAAAUACCUGAAAAUUUAAACCAUAGUUUUUGGUGUAAUAUAUGUAAUUGGGCAAGUACUGGUGUAAGACAUUGUGCAGCCUAAAUAAUUAGAGGACCAGUAUUCAAAAUAGUUGUUAUAUACUCCGACUCCUAUGGUGAACAUAUACGUAAUAAACUAUGAAAACUACGAUUAUAGGAACUAAAAAAGGUGAAAUAUUUAAAUUUGUGGAACGUGAUAUAAAAGGCGAGAGAUUGAAAAUGAGUAGGAAAGGCAACCCUGUAUGCAUUUCAACCCAACAGUCUUCUUCUUUAAAGGGGGUUGUAUAGGUAGAAUUUGCAGAGGAAAAGGAAGGAGUUUGGAAAAAAUGUGAGAAAAACGAAUUAUUACGAAGCUAUGGAAAAUAACCAAUUACACAGUAUUAACAAAAAUGUAAGGUGGAAAGAUAGUGAAAAAUUAUAUAUUACUACUACAUGUUAUUAGUCAAGUUAUCCUACCAAAGGUCUUGUUAGUGCGAGACAUUCCAACACCACACAUUUUAUUGUUCAUCUUUUCAGUUAAUUUUGAAGUAGAGCAAAUGACAGGUCCUUUUAGAACUAGCUUACACAAUAAUACAGUGAGUUUGAAUGAUUGUGAUGGUAAGGUUGGAGUAAGAUUUAUAUCAUAGUGUGAUCAUGUGAAUGUAGGUGGUUGCAUCCUAAUAUGGUGAAGGGAGCUUAAAUUACAGGUAUAGCGAUGUUUGGCAAUAAUAAGUGAUCCGUAAGGGUUAAAAAUUAACGAUUACACCCUGCAGGUUUUGAUUUACUAUAUUAUAAAAGAAUCUUAUGUAACGUUUUGGUGUUUUCCAAGCAAUGAAUCGUGUAUGAAACUGAAUUUGUAACGUAUAAAAAACAUCACCAAUAGAAAGUGAUCCAUGAGUUUCCGGCCUGUUGUUGGCUUUUAGCAAAGGGUGGGUCAUUAAUUUUUGUGGGGUGGGCCAUUGAUAAUUAAGCCUUAUUCCAGGGGUGGGUCAAGGAAAAAUAUGCAGUUGAAGAUUUGAUUUCUCCAGCCCACGCCCCCCUCCCUCUCUAUACUUUAUGACUGAUUCCAGCCUAGACCUAGGCCUUCUAUUUUUAUUUUUUUUUUAAUAUUCAGCGCUUUUUCACAUGAGAAGACAGGGAGUAGGUGAUUUGGGGGCGGGGCGAAGGAAGGGCGCAAGCGAAAAAUAGAAGGCCUAGCAGAUUUUCCAAUCAGUGUUGUUGGGUCCGGGAUUUUAUCCCGAGAUCUCGGGAAUUUUUAAAGCAGUCGGGAUUUUUUUUAAAUUUUUAUUUUAAAAAGUCAAUCUCGAGAUUUUUGGGGGAUUUUUGAGAAAGGGAAGUUCGAAGUUUAGAAAUUGAUUUUUUGGUAAAAUUGACUAGAAAUAAACAAUUUUGCUAAAAAUGUAGGGUCCGUUCGCUCGUAUUUAAACCUUAUUGAGUAUUGGGCUGCAUAUUUAAUGCCAGAUUUCGUUUUUACAACAUGACGUACGAGGCUAUCCCAGUGAACUCUACUAUAUACUGGAACGAUAACGUUCUACUUUCGUUUACUAUAUACUGGAACGAACGUUUUGUAGGUAUAAACACGCGUGAUUUUUGCGUGGGCUUGUCACGAGGUUCGGACAGUGCUUCCAUUUUGAAGAAAAUUUCCUUUUUGAAGGAAAUUUGAACUAGUCACAGAGUAAAGAUACACUCUGUGAACUAGUGGAAGGAAAUUAUUAGGAAAUUCGAAUCUGAAAGAAAUUUGAAGGAAAUUUCGGAAGAUUGAAGGAAAUGUGAAGGAAAUUGCCUUAUUUCUAAAAAAUCCUAAGAAUACGGCAAUUUCCAAGAUGCGCUUCAAAAUAUGCUGAAAAUCCUGUCUGCGAGAUGCAAAAUCUGAAAAUUUUCUGGGGGAGGACCCCCAGACCUCCCUGCUUAUUCUCCUUCGUAUUAAUCUAAAUAAACUCUUUGUCUCUGCCCUUUGAUAAUUCAGCUCCUGCAACGUCUAUGUUCCUUCUAGAACAAGAAAUACCCGGUUAUUCGAGAUAAAUUACUAUAAAAUCAGUUUUAAGGAGGCUCCCUACAGUUGCAUGCGGGAUGUUCGCGGGACCUAUCCCACGCAACCGCAUGAUCAAAACAAAACAAAAAUUGACCACGCUUUUUUUAAAAAUAAAGCUAUUUCUGAAAGGUUUCUAAUGGAAAAAAGCGUUGAAUAAUACUUCGUUUUGAGUGCCAAAUCACUUGCGAGUCUAUACAGCAAUUCUACAUAUGAUACGAAUAUCACUAGACCAAAAAAUAGCUACGAAACAAUGUUUUUUAAUUCCUCUAAAAUAUACACUGUCAACUGUAAAACAUUUGCAAAAUUGCAUACAAACCAUAGGCAGCCCAAAACGGCGUGUAGAAUGCACCAAUAAUGCUUCCAAAUGUCAAUUUGCAUUAAGCUCGCCCCAUUCCUUUGUCAUUUGUCGCGUGCCGCAAGCACUCAAUUUGAAAAGCAGUGUUGAUAUAUAUAGAUUAUACCUACGUAUAAUACCUAUAUACCUACCUAUAGGUAUAAUCUAUAUAUAUAUAUCAACACUGCUUUUCAAAUUGAGUGCUUACGGCGCGCGACAAAUGACAAAGGAAUGGGGCAAGCUUAGUGCAAAUUGACAUUUGGAAGCAUUAUUGGUGCAUUCUACACGCCGUUUUGGGCUGCCUAUGCAUCAAAUCAAGAAAUGUUUUCUAUUUCGCUGUCGUCAUGCAGUCGUUAUAAUGCAAACUUUAAAUUGGACCAAUCAGUGUCCGCUAUUCAUGACAGUCCGCCAUAUAUUUGAGAUCAGUGAGGAUGACCACCCAUCGUUGGUGACCCACGCGCAUAUCAAAGCAUUAUGCCUUGCCGAUGUAAAUAGAGUAUAUUAUGCAUGAUUGUUUUUUUAGUUAAUAAUUUUAAUAUUUUUAUGAUAAUUUAUAGUAAGUGCGCACUGCUUCUGAAAGGCUACCGUGAAUAAAUAAGCUUAAAUAAUAAUAAUAAUAAUUGAUGAACUUUAGACUUCGCUAAUGCUUUCGUUUCCCCAGGUGUAAAUAGCCGGGGGGAAUUAGCACCCUCGCACGGCGCUUCGCGCCGUCGGCUCGGGGAUUAACGCUGUUUUGUUUUUUAAUACUUCUUGGCCUAGAAAGCCAUUUAAAGUUAUCCCGACGCCGUUCUGGGCGUAAGUCCGGGGCGAGGGUACUAAUUCCGCCCAGCUAUUUACACCCAGGGAAAGGAAAGGAAAGGAAAGGAAAGGAAAGCAUUAGCAAAGUCUAAAGUUUAUCAAUAAUCGGGCGCGUGACUAUGGUUCAUGAGUGGAUCUCACUGAUCUCAAAAAAUAUGACUGUUUGCCAGGAGUGGGAUAAGCAAAAUUUCAAUUUUCAAAAGCAUAUAUUUGGAAAAUCAUGUUUCACACAAUGAGCUUUGAAGCAAUUUUUGUCUGAAGAAAUGAGAAGAAUUUUUUACUAUGAGAAAUCGUGAAAAAUAGGGCAAGUUUGCUUUGAAUGAUUAAUAUUUAUGAAUUUUGUUGCUUUAACUCUUUCCCUAAAACAUGAUCAUGAACUGUUUUCCUUUCCAACGAAGCUGCAAGUUUCCUAAAUUACCCUGUUUUAUUUAAGAAAAAAACUUAAACUGAUGUAAAGGAGAGCAAAUUGAUUUGAAGACGGAACUGAAAUUACGGAACAAUUUGAACUUAUUAUGUUUCAUUAAGUAAAAACAGUUUAUCGGCAAGACGGCAAAUGUAGUUUUAAUAGUUAAAUGAACAUUUCAAAACAUUUUACGAAGCGUUUCAAGUUAAAUUUUACAUUAAAUCAAAGCUCACAAAAAGCAGAAUAACAUACCUACAGUAUAUAUUUCGGAAAUUCAUUGUUGUAUAGCUAAAAGUCCUAAUCUUUCAACUAUUUUGCCGGUUUGUACAAAAAGAUAUAAAAAAUUUGAAAUUUUAAAAAUAUCUCGAGCCUGCGUUCAGUGUUCCAUUUCCGAAUGCUUCAUGUUAAUUCAAUGUUUGGAAAAUAUAGGCGAGGGGUUGCUGCAUCCAUGUAUUUCUAGAUUAUAAAGUUCUGCCAAUUUACAUGCAAAAUGAUCGGUAUAGGUAAUUUCACUACCCUGCUUUAUAUGAACCAUAUGUUAUACCUCAAAUACAACCUAUAUGCAUUAUUGAUGCUUUCCAGAGAUCGACUACGAACGACUAUCAACGUGAUGGGUGAUACAUUUGCCGCUGCAGUUGUUGCAAAAUAUUCUCAAAAAGAUUUCGCAGAAGAAAGACCGCAUGACAAUUCUGAUUCUCUGGAAUUAUUCGACAACUUGGCCAACGAUGUUGUACCCGAAUCUGAAGAGACCAACUUGUGACUAUGGUCAAGGGGUGGGUUGACUACAAUUUUGUAAUAAAUUCGCUAUACUACAGCUACAAUCUUUGCCAGAAACUAUGGGACAGCUGCUGUAAUUUCAUAUGAUUUGAAAGGAAUAGCGCCCUUCCCCCGUUCCCCCAGUUCAAUGUUGGGCCAACAACAAUCUGAUGUCUGAAUGCGCGUCGCCAACAUUGAAACGGGUGGGGGGGAGGGAGGGUGAAAAAUAUAUAUGUAUCAGGAAAUGAUAUGUUACAAUCGAAUGCAUGUGAAGACUAGAUUGUCCCAAUCUAUAUUGUCAAAGAUUGUAGUUCGAAAAAAUGUACGGAUGAAGUUUAGCUACUGUUAGCAAACUUGAACAAAAGAAAUGUCGUUUGUCAAGUAUCUGUGUAGCAUUUAUUAAGUAUCUGUGAAGUACAGACGACCUGUAUACACAAGUCUAUGUAUUGUUAACUUCACUGAUACAUAUAGGCUUGCCCACGCAGAUUGUCUUGAAGGAUUAUGAAUACAAGUUAUACAACCUCAAACAAGUUACCCUAGAACGCUUUCCUGAACAUGAGUCCAUAUCAUGUCAGCAAAAAUUUCAUUUGACCGUUUAUCACGUCAGCAAAAAUUGCAUUUGACGAGCCCCCUUGAUAAGCCUUUGGCUUUUGAGGCAAAUAUUUCAAUAAAGUUUAUAUAAAAAAAGGUUUGUAAUGCAAUAACUUUUUCCUUCGGUUAAAUUUUCUGAAGUUUUGCGG